AGGUGGGGUUGGCCAAGUUCAAGAACCAGAAGGGGACGAACCAAUUGAAUACCCUCCACGAGGCCGACUUAGGUGCCCGAGUGUUCCCUAGGAAAUUAUGCAAGCCAACAUACAUUACCAGACUAUCUUUCAAGCGUUGGAACAAAACUGUAAAGCAGUUUAGUGAUAUUCAGUUAGGCCAUGUGAGAAAGUACAAAUUGGAACCUCUGCUUCAUAUGCCAAAGAAACUUAAAAUCCCAAUGAAUCUGCUUGAAUGGAUAGAUCAGCAUAUGUUUGGAAGUAAAGAGGCCUGUUUCAAACACAAGAAUAAAAUUAUCAAGAUUACUAAAGAUAUGGUCAACAAAAUCUUUGAUUUUCCUGGUGGCACCGAGCCUUUUGUAUUUAGUAGCAAUGAUCCCCAAGUGAAGGCAGAGGUUACAGAGUUAAGGAACAAGUAUGUAGAUCAUCGGAACAAAAUGCCGAUCAACAAAAUAGAGGAGGUGAAGCUUAGCGAUGAGACAGAAGAUGGAUUUAUUAGGAGCUUUGCAUUUUAUUUCCUAUCAUCUAUUUUGUGCCCUGCAUCAUACUGCUUUGGUAACAUGAAGUUCUUAUACUCUCUAAGAGAUGUUUCUGCUAUCCCUUCACUUGACUUUGGGAAAUUGGCACUGGAUUUCAUGCGUGAGGAGUCAGAGCGUCAUUUUGAAAUGAUCAUGAAUAGACCAAGUGUUGAGGAAAUGAACAAGGCUUCAUAUAUUGGGGGAUGUCUUCCUAUUUGGGGAAUCAUUUAUCUGGAUUUUGUUGAUUUUGAUGUUAUUGAGAAUCAUCAGUAAACUGUGGAUUAUUCUCUUCCUUGGAUAACUCAUGUCAAGACUGAAGAUUUCAAGUAUCUCGCAUUGGCUGAUAGGAAUUAUGAGUCUAGGAAAAAUUAUGGGGUU